GUAGGAGAUCGUGUAUGAGUGUUGUCGUGUUGUUUGUAAAUAUUAUGUGCCUUUUAGGGACGGACCAUGCCCGAAAUGAUUCGCUUCCUCACUAAAAAGUUCUCAAGUCACUCCUUGACUGAAGUCAAACCUGCUGAACAUUUUUCUUUACAGGGCCACAAUCCUAAUCAAGACCAAGAUUUUAAAGAGAGGACUGAUAACGCAGAUAAGAAGAGCCUAGAUGGUGAAAAGACGUGUUUAGAGAGUCUAAGUGAGGGAGAGGCUGAAGAUGAAGAAAUAUCGACGAUUAAUCUGAGUAACGCGUGUGAAGGAAGAAGUUAUCCUGUACAGAAACACUCUCCUAAAUGCUUGGAAGGAGAGUCGAGCAGUUCCAGGUUUCCGUCAGAUCAGAGGUUAAAACAAUCCGCCCUCCGGCACAUCACCCCUCCCCUACGGCAAUUUGAGAUGAGAUUACCCGAUAUUGAGAUAGAACGAAAGCAUCCCGUAACUAUUAAACCCCGGAAAUGCAUCCGUGGACAAAACAACCAGUUACUGAAAUCUCUGGAGAGACACAGCCCACACCUGAGACGACCAGCUUUUCAAGAGGUUCAUUCUCAGAGAGAGCCCACUAGACCCUCAGCUUUCAUCAGGAUACCUCAUAUUGAAGUAGCUAAAAUACAUCCUAGGCCGGAGAAAUUAAAGGAGAAGAGAAGCUCCAAAGAGUUCAGUCCAUUAGCGGAGAAGAUUGUUAUAUCAAAACCAGCUCCACCCCCGCGAGAAGUAACAACUAAAUGUGGUCAGGAAACAUCCCACUCAGACUCGGAGAUAUCAGAAACACGAUCUACUGAUAAUCUGGAUAAACCUUCUUCAGUGUCUAUCAGAAGAAACGUUUCAUUCUCAGGGAAGAAAUCUCCCACACCGAGUUUGUCCAUCUUGGAACGAGGUUCUCAUUAUCAUCACCAGGCUACGCCUCCUCUGAGAAUAGGUACUCUGACUACUCAUAGACAUAGUCCGUCACCACCGUUAAGGGAGAGACACACACCGUCGCCUCCCUCGCGCGUUACACCGCCCUCACGCGACGUCAUCACACGUGAUAUGUCACGCGACAACAUCACGCGCGAUAUGUCACGCGACAUCACGCGUGAUUUAUCACGUGAUGUAUCCACACGUGAUAGACACACACCCUCGCCUCGCUUCGAGUACAAAUGUUUUACGAAACUGAUCUCAUCUGCCGAAUCGGACAACGAGACUCAGAAAUUCCCUACAACUCUACUUGAAAACGUAGCGCGGAAGUUUGUGCCCAUUCCGGAUGAUAGGAAACGUGGACAUAAAGAAGACGAGGUGCUUGGACAAAGUUCGACAGAAAAGUCAAAACUGAAUCGAAUCAGGGAAUGUUCUAGAUCCCCACCAAAUAAACUAAAUAUUGAAAGGAUAUCACACGGAAGUAGUAUCAGUAUCAGAGACUCUUGGGACAGGACAGAUGUAGAAAUGGUAGAUAACAGCAGCAAGUCUGAACAACAGGGAUCAUCUAGAAACGGCUGGCAUCGGGACCGUCUUAAUUCUGCGUAUAAUAACGACUUAAAGAGAAAGUACAGUGUGGUCCCAGUAGACGAGGAGGUGAGGAGUCUCUGUGCUACUAAUUCCAGCUCAAACUUUAAAGCUUUCAUCCUCUCCACCAACACUUCCCAGUCGGGUUCACAUCACCGGACAAUAGAUAUCAGUGUGAUGCAGCCAAACAAGAGAGUGUGUUGCACAGACUCCCCGCCUAGUCUGAGGAGACCAAGCAUCAAUGUGGAGAAAAUGGCUCAGACUGUUCUGAUACGAAGACCUGUUGUAAGAAAGGCUGGUGCCUCAAAUCGUGUCUGGUCAACGAAAGAAGACAACAUGAUAAGAAGACCGAUUCCAACGAAACAGCCCUCCAACCUCAUCCCAACCUCCACUACUUGAAGACACUAGCUCCCCCCAUCUAGUCUACUCCCUGGAUUUAGGUAGCAGCUUCUGACCUCAUCAGACGAUCACGUGACACAUGAUGUAGAUUGGUCACGUGUCAAGAAAACAUUGAUUUCAUCAAACUUGUCACCUAGGUCACAAUCGACAUUCCACCAGUUCCAGAGAAUUUUAAUUAGAGUUUACGCAAUUGAGCCGCGCAUCAAUUAGAAUGCUGGAAAGCCUUACUUUGAUUGAGCCGCGCAUCAAUUAGAAUGCUGGAACACAGUACUUUAAUUGACUUAGUAGCUGUUGUGACGUUUAUAUAUUUUUUACUGCACUUCAAUUAGGAUUGAACUGGUAGGUCAAGUCCUGGAGGUUGGUUGAAAGUGAUAGUUGAGAUUUACAAGAUUUGUCGCAUUAAGUCUAAGAUUUAAGAUCUAUCGAUUCCGAUAGUGAUUUAAAAUAUUUAACAGUAAGUCUGUUUCUAUAAAGAUGCAAUAGUGCAUGCAUGCAAUGGAAUUUUAGAUGUGGUAAGAACCAGAUUAUUUAAUAUGCUAACAUUUUGUGAGAGUAGGUAUGGUUAUCGGAAGCACCAUUAAACUGCAGCAGUUGCACUCAUAGUGCCAUAUUUGCUGAAUAUUUCUAAAAGACAACAAGGGUGUCAGCAUGGGAUCGUUCAAUUUUUAAUUUAGUAAUCUCCGCCCUCUUUAUUGGUGCCUCUGAUGUGUCUUACAUGGUGCAUGACUGAUCUUGCAAUAUUCCGAUGCAUUAUACCAUUGCAUUGGGAUAUUUGUAACUAACGGUAGGUAAUCAAGUUUAAUGACUUGAAAGAAUUGUUUGAUCGAUUCUGUUUCGGUUCCAAAUACGUUAAGGGAUGAAUAUUGAA